AUGGGGGUACCUAUAAUUAUUGAUAAUGGGUCUUACGAGAUCAAGUUUGGGCCGUCAUCACUUAAGAGUCCUUACCGGGCACUGAAUUGUCUAGCUCGUGACAAAUAUGGUCGAUAUCAUCUAUCCAAUCAAAUGAAACAAAUUCGUGAAGUAUCUAAUUGCCAUGUACGUAGACCUUUUGAAUUGGGGCAACUUGUGUCUUGGGAAUUGGAGGAACAUAUAUGGGAUUAUUGUUUAUUUAAUUCAGAUGAAUUUUCAUGGGAUUUGAAAGAUUCCAAGGAUGUUGAUUUGAUAGUCAGUGAGACCUGCAUGUCAAUACCAGAGAUAUCUAAGCAUAUGGACCAGGUGGUGUUUGAAGAGUAUGAAUUUGGUUCACUAAUGAAGUGUCCUGUUGCACAGUAUAUACCUUUUGACAAUAUGGCUGAUUAUAAGGUGUAUGGUAGUGAUGGCUUGCCGGUGGUUAGGAAAAAGGAUGAUUACAAUGACUUCCAAUUAGUUGUUGAUUCUGGGUUUAAUUGUACAUGGGUAAUUCCGGUUAUAAAAGGGGUCCCCUAUUACAAGGCUGUCAAGAAACUGGAUAUUGGGGGACGUUUUUUAACGGGACUACUAAAGGAGACUGUCUCAUUUCGACAUUAUAAUUUGAUGGAUGAAACGAUCUUAGCAAAUAAUAUUAAAGAACAAUGCUGUUUUAUGCCACCAGUAUCUUAUUUUGAUAGUUUUCAAAAGAAGGCCGAAACCAGAAUCGACUAUGUACUUCCUGACUUUCAGACAAGUUUGAUUGGCUAUGUGCGUCAACCUAAGCAGGCCAUACCAGAAGAUUCACAGACUCUAAAUUUGGAGGACGAACUUUUUACAAUCCCAGAGACAUUCUUCCACCCGGAGAUAGCAAACAUAUUAAAGCCAGGGCUUAUCGAAACAGUUUUAGAGAGCAUAUCCAUGCUGCCGGAAUUGAUUCGACCACUAAUGGUAAGCAACAUUGCCGUAAUCGGUGGCAAUUUCAAUAUAAGCAACUUUGCAUCUAGACUAGCUACUGAACUGCAGAGGCAAUGCCCCACAGACUGGUCCGUUAGAGUUCAUCUACCAAAAGGAGAUACCGAAUUGCAGGGUUGGAAGGCAAUGAUGAGGUUUAGUAAUACGGACUCCUACAAACAAGGGAGAGUUACGCGAGCUGAAUAUUUGGAGCAUGGUGUUGAUUGGUGUACAAAGUAUAGAUUUGGGUAUGAACAAUGGAUAUGA